AAAAAAAGAGCCCGUCCUCUUCCGGUCAUCGCAUCCCUCGCCAAGCUAAGAUCCCGGCGGGCGCGGACGACGACCACGUGACCCUCGACGGCGGGAGCAUGCAGCAGCCACGCGCGUGGUCGUUCCUUCGCCGGGCGAGCGCCGGCAGCUCCGGUUCUUCCUUGUCUCCCGGCCGGUGGAAUCUCCACUGGGUCAGCCUGCGUGCCUGCUUGCACGCCAGGACGGAGGUUUCGGCCACGGUCGGUUCAUUGAUUCCAUUCGUGUUGGUGGUGUUGUGAUACCUAACCACAAGAGGGUGGAGUGCGCACUGCAGUCCAGCCAUGGCAUUGGACGGGCACGCGGCCGUCACAUCCUUUCAGAGCUCAAUUUGGAAAAUAAGGUCACCAAGGACCUCUUCAAGUAGGAGACCAUCACCCUCCGUGAGGGGAUCGUAAAGGACAUGAUUGAAGGUGACCUAUGCAUGGUCAGAUAAAAGCAUAUCUGCAUCUCAACAGAAGGUGUAACUAAAGGGAAACACCAUGAUCACAGCAGAGCUGUGCUGCCACCAAUAGACUUUACAAGUGAACAGUCAUCAGGUGUGCAAUUCAAGUCAAUAUAGCAUCACUAGAAGAUGAAGUGUGAAAUGGACAGUCGCAGAUCAUAUCGACACUUCUUAUCAAUCUUUUUCUCAGAGCCGAGAUGAGAUCAUAUUGACACUUCGCAUCAUUCUUUCGCUUUGUCAGCCGAGAUGAGGUUGCCAAGAUCAACUGCCAUGGCAAGUGGAACAAAAAGCUACCAGACAACAGAAAUUGGAGUUGGGGGCAGAAGCGGCACCUGCAAACUGGACAAUAAGCUGCUGGUCGCUGAAGAGUCUUGAGCAGUCACUGGGCAGGGCAGCCACCGUCGAAGGCAGUGGCUGCACAGGAAGGUGGAAGCAGCUGAAGUAACCAUUUGGAGGUUGAUCUCCACAUUCCACCCAGAUAGACACAAUUCACAAGGUCAGCCGCCGGCUCCUGCUCCGGCUCUCCAGUGCAUACAGCCUGCACGGCCUAGCUGAGCAAUGGAGAGAGCUCCCGUGACCGCAGCCACGGGGGCCUUGGGGCCCGUCGUAGCCAAGCUGGGUGCUCUGCUUGGCCGCGAGUACAAGCUUCGACGCCCGACGCGCAAGGACGUCAAGUUCAUCAAAUCCAAGCUCAAGUCUGUGCACUCCAUCCUUUGGGCGAUAUGGGACAAGGAGAUUCUUGAUUCGGAAUCCAAGGUCUUGAAGAAGGAAGCGCUGGAUGUCGCCGACGAUGUGCACGACGCCAUCGACGACUUCAUCCUCACCAUGGAGCCCAGCCGCAGAAACAAGCACUUGAUGGUGCAGAGCAAGAUCGAAGCCAGCUGCCCUUUCCAAGAUCUGAAGAAGAGGGUAGAUGACGUGUCGGGCCGGUGCCGCAGCAAGUGGAAGUGGGAGAAGAACAAGUCUGUUGAACCCUUCUCCAGCUUAUUUUCCAGAAGAAACUCCAAAUCCAGCCCUCCCAGCAAACCGCUUCCUCCUCGAGCUUCAUUCGUCCACAAGGAUGCGGCGGAGCUGGUUGGUAUGGACAUCUGGAGAGAUGAGCUCAUCACAUUCCUGGUAGGAGGAGGAGGAGGAGGAGAAGAAGAAGAAGAAGAGACCACAACGGUGCCGCCGCAGCUAAAAAUGGCAUCCAUUGUUGGAAUGGCUGGUAUGGGGAAAACAACCCUUGCCCACCUUGUGUACGAGGAUGAGGAGAUUAAAAGUAAGUUCCAGUCACGGGCUUUUGUGUCCGUCACUCCAAAUCCCAACAUGAAGGAGGUCCUCACAAGUAUUCUCCAACAAGUAGGAGCUGAACCACUUGCUGGCACCCAAGCAAGGACACAGGAAGAUCUCAUCCACACCAUAUCCAAUUUCCUAGAGAACAAAAGGUACCUGGUAAUAAUUGAUGACAUAUGGCAUCGUGAAGAAUGGAACAUCAUCAGGAGGUCUUUUCCACAAAAUAAUCUUGGCAGUAGAAUCGUCAUCACAACUCGUAUUGCUUCUCUACCAGGAGAUGAUUUUGAUAAUAGCAAGCUCUACAUCGAAAUGAAUCCUAUAUGGAGUUCUCUUAAGAAAAGGUGGCUCUAUGGAUUUUAUAGGAAAGAUGUCACUACUCAGAUGAAGCCUGACAUGGUUGGACAAGGUUUUGACGGUGACCAUCCUAUUGUGCGCAUGUGUGGUGGUGUGCCGUCAGCACUACUUUGCAUGUUUUCAGCAAUGGCAAUGGUCCGAGAGCAACAAGAACAACUAGGAGUACAUGUAAAGGCAUGUAAUGUGCAAGAUAUGAUUGAGAAGCAAGUUAAGAGAAAUGGAUUUCAGAACACACAAGGGUUUGAACCGUUGGUAGAGAGUUUGCAGCUUGGCUACGCCGAUCUUCCUCACCAUAUGUUGAAGACUUGCUUGCUAUACUGUAGUAUAUACCCUGAGAAUUACCAAUUUUACAGGGAUCAACUGGUGAUGCGAUGGGUUGCUGAAGGAUUUACUUAUAAAGAGGAUAUAGCAAAAGGUUAUCUUGAAGAGCUUUGCAACAGAGGGUUGAUGCUGCGUCUAGAGGGUUUAUCGGACAUGCCCUACUACCAAAUGAACCCGAUGAUGCGAAAUUUCCUUAGAUGGAAAUCGCGUGAAGAUAAUUUCAUUACUUGCAGUUCCGACAUCAGAUUGGCAUAUGCAUGUCAAGUCCAUCGGCUAUGCAUCGACGAUUAUCAAGUUGAUGAUGGUGAGGUGCAGGUGGUGGAUACCUUGUUGGAACUGGAUUGGUCCCAGAUUCGAUCACUUGUUGUUUUUGAAGGUGCUGAGAGAUGUGUCCCUUUUGAGAAGUUGGAACGUGUGCGAGUGUUGGAUCUUCAAUAUCAUCAUCAUUAUCUUAAAUUCGUACAGUCUCUUUGGAUAUCUGUUCUGGAUUUCGAGGCCCUUGGAAAUCAGCAUGUGAAGGAUAUAUGUGGACUGCUCCGUGUGAGGCACCUAUUCGGCCUAGAAGGGACAGGAAUCAGUGAGAUACCGCCGGAAAUAGCAAGGCUACAGCAUCUGGAGACUUUGCAGGUAAGAUUCACAUCGAUCACAGAGUUGCCCAGUGAGAUUAGGGACCUACAACAAUUGAAGACUCUGGCCGUGAGUCCGAACCGAAAGCUGACAGAGCUGCCCAGGGAGAUAGGGGGUCUGCAACAAUUAGAGACUCUGGACCUGAGCUGGACGAGGCUGACGGAGCUGCCACGUGAGAUCGGGAACCUCCAGAAUUUGGAGAAUCUGAACCUGCAGUGCACCAAGCUCAAAGAGCUGCCUCCGGAGAUUGGGAAGUUGCAGCAUUUGAAAGCACUGGUGGUGUGUGCAGCAGGCAUCACAAGGCUAGGCAAUGAAAUUGGGGACCUGCAGCCUUUAGAGACCUUGGACCUGAGUUUCAACGGAGGGCUCACACAGCUGCCUCGUGAGAUGUGGAAACUGCAGAAUUUGAAGCGGCUGCUCUUGAGUGGUACAGGGGUGACGAAGAUACCAAGGGAAAUCGAAGGGCUCAAGAAGCUGGAGAUUUUGAAAUUAGACGAUACCAUCAGUGCACUGCCUUGGGAAGCUAGUCAGCUCUUGAAAUUGGAGGGAGUGCCCGAGUGCGUCCGCCAAGCCUGGAAGAAGAGUGAUCUUGUGUCCGAGUUAGCCGGGGAGAUCCUGUCCGUUCAACUUAUUGAUUGGUUGAAUGAAAGUGGCGGGCUAAUCGUUGGCAGAAAACAUAUGGGAAUUCCAGGGUGGAUCAAGGAUCACUUCAAGGACCUUGGGUCCUUGGACAUCAGGAUGUGCAAACUGGAGGAGCAGGAUCUCAAGAUUCUGCGGGAGAUGCCCAACCUGAAAUUUCUCACGCUAAGGUUGGAAGUUGUCCCGAGAGAUCCCAUAGCCAUCAGCCGUGAAGGGUUCCCAUGCCUGAGGGAACUCGUUGUUGACAGCCGCAUGCCACGGGUUGUCACCUUCCAGGAAGGAGCGAUGCCGGAGCUGCAAAAGCUCGUCUUCGAGUUCCAGUUCUACGGUGGCCCACCACCAGCUGCAAAUAAAGGAGACCCUCAGCUGGGUAUCAAGCACCUCCGGCGCCUCCUGUGGGUAGAAUUUAAAUGCAACUUGGAAUGGUAUGGAGGAGCAGCAGAGAGCAGCCCGUGCAUCAGCGCCAUGAUUGACGUCGUGAGGAAAGAAGCCCAGGAGCAUCCUAGAGAGAUCUGCUUUCGUGUCUCUGGCCGCAAAGAUGAGGACUUUCCAGCGAACGAGGAGAGCGCACAGUCUUCCAGCAGUGGAACAAGCAAGAUCAAUGACACUCCAAAUGGUGGGAGGGGCGAGAUCCAGGAGGAGGAGGAAGAGACUUUUCCAGCGAACGAGAGCGGAAAGGUUUCCGGCAGUGGGACGGCCAGCGAGAUCGAGGAGGAGGAGAUCCACGAAGAGGAAGAAAGGUGAUUGGGUUUCUUGACGAGUAUUGCCGAGUCGUCCUAAUUUGCAGGUUGGUUGGUUAUUUCAUCGUCGUAAUUAAUGACUGCCUCAAAUCUAUCUGCAACCAUCUUCAACUAUAUAUCUAUGGCUCUUCUUCAGGCUUUCUCCAUCUUAUGCUAGCUAGCUGUUGCUUAAUUUCCAUUGUCAUAUACAACCAAGGCUUCCAAGUUGAGUUGGCCCUUCAAAGGCACCUGUAUCUAUAUGGCACUUCAAAGGUGCGUCUGCCUUGCACCGUGCAAGUGGUGGAACACUUUGAAUUAGGGCUCGGUAUUGUCAUGUAAUUUAUUUAAUAGUAAGUAAUCGCUUUGAAGGGAGCCCAACAAUUUGAUCCUCGUAUCUACUAGAGUAGGUUUUAUCAUGCACUUAAUUGUUAUCAAAACUCUCUUCUUAUUAUGUAAUAAUAAUAAAUGUGACGAGUUUUCUUGUUUGUUUGUGAUCGAGCUAACGC